ACCAGAAACCAACCUAUGCCAACACUGAGUCGCGUGCACACACCAGGAAAGAACCCCAAAUCCCACACGGAAUGAACUUUUUCUCUGCUUUCCGAGCUUCUACUAGGCCAGAAGCUCAAUGGUUCAAGGUGGGCCUUGCCUCGUCAUUUCCCGAUCUUGGCGUUGACGAGGAAGACACCCACACCUUGGCGCACACUCGAACAUGCAACACCGACACAGCACCAGGAUGCAAAGUCUUCCAUAUACCAAAAGAUGAUCCUUCCUCUGGAAAUGAAGUUCCAAUCCCGGAGAAUGAAGCCGCUGGCGACAUGACAGACCAGGUCUUGGUUUUCAAACGGAAGGGAACCUUCCAUGCUAUCGACCAUCAAUGUCCACAUUCAUCCUUCCCGCUUUCUCAAGGCCUGUCCUUUGAUAUUGAAGACUUUGGCAUUGUCUUGAGUGCGGGAAUCACCUGCCCAAAGCAUGGCUGGUCCUUCGACCUGUUCUCUGGAAGGGCAGACAGGGGGAACUACAAGCUCAAGGUCUGGGAGGUACAACUACGAGAUGCCGCCGACGAUGCCUCGGACAAAGAAGUAUGGGUGAGAAGAAAGCAGAGGAUCGGGUAAUACAAUGCCGUGUGGUCGAUCACAAUGCCCGCCUCGAGGAUGUGGGAGAGUGCUCAGAAAUUGAGGGCUGACAAAAAUAACACACGGUUUCUUUGUGCCAACAACAGCCCGUAGAUGGCUGGCUGGCAAACCGAGCUGCUGCCAACCAACGAAACAAAGAAGGCCGAGUCUUUGAACCCGGUAUAAAUCAGAACAACAACCCCCGCCAACUUGUUCAGAAAAGACUGUAGACCAAGAGACUCACUCACUCAAGCACC